GCCGGACACUCCUUAUUUCGGUUUUACAUUAAAAAGAGGGAGGCUCUGGAGCUGUGCUAGGUUGCUGCCUUGCAGUGUAAAUUGCUACCGGGGCUGUGAAUGGUGUUAGUUUCUCAAGUGGGCGCCUCCAAAUAAACCGAGGUAACGGAGGCAUCAGAGGGACACCUUACACUAGGCCACCCGGCAGAGAGCAGCCACUGCCUGGCCCGCUGAGGAGGUUCGGAUCCGCUGCAAGGGGCACUCCAGAAAUUGAGUAGAGCAACCUCAGGCGAGCUCCCUGAGUGUUCCUGUAUAAUCGUGUUUUGCAUUGCAUAAAGAACCAGACGCACCCAGUUGGUGGUUUUGGGUUCCUACCAGCCGUGGAUGUCUUUGCCAUUAUGACCGCAGAGGAUUCCACCGCAGCCAUGAGCAGUGACCCCGGCGCCGCCGUGGCCUUGGCCAAGGUGCCCGAGGGCGUGGCGGGCGCGCCCAACGAGGCGGCGCUGCUGGCGCUGCUGGAGCGCACGGGCUACAGCAUGGCGCAGGAGAACGGGCAGCGCAAGUACGGCGGCCCCCCGCCCGGCUGGGACGGGCCGCACCCGCAGCGCGGCUGCGAGGUCUUCGUGGGCAAGAUCCCGCGCGACGUGUACGAGGAUGAGCUGGUGCCCGUGUUCGAGGCGGUGGGCCGCAUCUACGAGCUGCGCCUCAUGAUGGACUUCGACGGCAAGAACCGCGGCUACGCCUUCGUCAUGUACUGCCACAAGCACGAGGCCAAGCGCGCCGUGCGCGAGCUCAACAACUACGAGAUCCGCCCGGGCCGCCUGCUCGGCGUGUGCUGCAGCGUGGACAACUGCCGCCUCUUCAUCGGCGGCAUCCCCAAGAUGAAGAAGCGCGAGGAGAUCCUGGAGGAGAUCGCCAAGGUCACCGAGGGCGUGCUCGACGUCAUCGUCUAUGCCAGCGCGGCCGACAAGAUGAAGAACCGCGGCUUCGCCUUCGUGGAGUACGAGAGCCACCGCGCGGCCGCCAUGGCGCGCCGCAAGCUCAUGCCCGGCCGCAUCCAGCUGUGGGGCCACCAGAUCGCCGUGGACUGGGCCGAGCCCGAGAUCGACGUGGACGAGGACGUGAUGGAGACCGUGAAGAUCCUCUACGUGCGCAACCUCAUGAUCGAGACCACCGAGGACACCAUCAAGAAGAGCUUCGGCCAGUUCAACCCGGGCUGCGUGGAGCGUGUCAAGAAGAUCCGCGACUACGCCUUCGUGCACUUUGCCAGCCGCGAGGACGCCGUGCGCGCCAUGAACAGCCUCAACGGCACCGAGCUCGAAGGCUCGUGCCUGGAGGUCACGCUGGCCAAGCCCGUGGACAAGGAGCAGUACUCGCGCUACCAGAAGGCGGCCAAGGGCGGCGGCGCCAUGGCCGAGGCGGCCGCGCAGCCGCCCAGCUACGUGUACUCGUGCGACCCCUACACACUGGCCUACUAUGGCUACCCCUACAACGCGCUCAUCGGGCCCAACAGGGACUACUUCGUGAAAGCAGGCAGCAUAAGAGGCCGAGGGCGAGGCGCAGCUGGCAACAGGACUCCAGGGCCCAGGGGUUCCUACCUCGGGGGAUACUCUGCUGGCCGCGGGAUAUAUAGCCGCUACCACGAAGGGAAAGGAAAGCAGCAAGAGAAAGGCUAUGAACUUGUGCCCAAUUUGGAAAUCUCUGCCGUCAAUCCGGUUGCCAUUAAACCGGGUACAGUGGCCAUCCCUGCCAUUGGGGCCCAGUAUUCCAUGUUUCAGGCAGCUCCGGCCCCUAAAAUGAUUGAAGAUGGCAAAAUCCACACCAUGGAGCACAUGAUCAGCCCCAUUGCGGUACAGCCAGACCCGGCCAGCGCAGCCGCUGCUGCUGCUGCCGCCGCAGCUGUCAUUCCUGCCGUGUCAACGCCACCACCUUUCCAGGGUCGCCCAAUAACUCCAGUCUACACCGUGGCUCCUAACGUCCAGAGAAUUCCCGCGGCUGGGAUCUACGGGGCCAGUUACGUUCCAUUUGCUGCUCCAGCCACGGCCACCAUUGCCACACUACAGAAGAACGCGGCAGCUGCGGCCGCCGUGUACGGGGGCUACGCGGGCUACAUACCUCAGGCCUUCCCUGCUGCUGCUAUCCAGGUCCCCAUUCACGACAUCUACCAGACAUACUGAGACUGGGGACGGGCGCGAAGACCGAGCACGAAGCCACCGCCCACGGAACACUUGACUAUUUAUGAAGAAAGCCCGUGUUGGAUUAGCACGCAUGUGAAACCUAAAAGUGAAGAAUGUUAUCAAAUCGCAUCCAGAAAUAUUUUAUAUACAUGAAGUUUUCAUGAGUUUUUUAAGACUGUUCAAUUCCGCAGGCCUGUGUUCAUACAUUUCUAAGAGACUCGCAAGUGGUUUGUGCCUUAACACCAUCUUUAUAUGCUGUACUACAUUUGUAUAGAGGUUUUUGUUUGUUGUUUUUUAAGGAUAUAUUUUCAGUAUGAAGGUUAUUUUCUUAACUUCUGCACUCCAGAGAUGUCUAUUUUGUAGUACCUUCCAUUAAUAUAUCAACUAUAUAUUAAAAAAGCACACCCAAGCAACUAGGAAACUAUUUUGAAAAAUAUCUUCAAUAUUUAAAGAUGCAAACAAUAGUGCUUUAAAAUCCUACAGAAAACAUUAUUUUAAAGGUUAUACUGGAAAGUGCAAUUUUAAAAUGAGUCAAACCUCUGUUGUAUUUCUGCUGGCAUUAAGGGUUGAUGGUGUGCCCACGUGUGCUCCACGAUGGUUCUACUUUUGAAAAGAAAUUAAACACUCAGUCUCUCCUUAA